AUGAGGACUCUCAAUUGGCUACCAUGGCUCUUGGCGAUUCUAUUUUGUGUAACAGAAGCGCGAUACAAAGUGCGCAGACCUUUACCACCACCACCACCAACGCCUCAGAUCUACAAAAAGUCGUGGCCGAUUGGUCAUCGCGUUUCAAUGGGAAACACUAUUCAGAUAAACAAAAACAACAACUACGGACCUUUGAAGCGACCUCACUUCAACAGCAAGCCCAACAACUUCAGGCUAAGGAGACCCAUAGUCCUGGCGCCUCCAGCUGUCUGGAAAAAUCCGGUUCCAGUUUUGAAUGCGGUACCGAACAUCCCAAUACCACAGCGGAUGCCGGUCAAGGAGUUUCCUGUGGUUACCAAGCCAGAAUACAGCCCGGAGUAUCGACCAGAAGCCGUAGUUGUUCCAUCGACCCAUCGCGGAGGAUUUGACGAUGAUCGUGGACCAAUUCACACGAUUCCAGCGCCAAACUUGAGUAUCGCUGAUAAACCUUACAAUCCUGAGGAGAACAGACCUGAUCAUCAUGAAGAUUACCAACGAUUCCAGUCUGACUCAGAGUAUCAUCAUCCGUCAGGUGAUCAAGAAUCCUACCAAGUCAGGAGCCAGACGGUAAAACAGCGACCAGUAACCAGUACCAGCUCACAACACACCUAUGAAGUUACAGAAGCGAACGAGAUUCAAAAUCAUCCUCCAGAAUACGCUACUCCUGCUACGCAGUUCUACACAGCGGAUUUUGAAUCUUCUCGGUUCCCUACUGGGCCAAACGUGGAACCGGCUGCAAACGACAUCUACUUGAACCACCCGAUCUCACGUUCCGGGCCGAACAAUGUUCCGCAGUCUUACAGCCAGUCUAACAUUCCCAUUCAAACAAACAUUCCCGUUGUGCAAACUAACCUUCCAAUGCAAACAAACCUGCACAGUUCCUUGCACGUUGGCUUCCCUGCUACCGCUCAAGUGACUUUGCCCGCUGAGUACCAUCUGAACAAUCCUGAUAUAAUUUCGCAAGAUGUUCAGCAACAACAACAACAACAGUUGCAGGAACAGGAACAGUCUGAUUUGCAUAUUGGGCAUCCAGGAGUCGCUGGUCCACCGAUUUCUGCUGAUAAGCUUUAUGAAUUGUUCAACAGUUUUCCGCAACAACAACAACAACAACAACAACAACAACAACAACAACAACAACAACAAGAUCAACAGUAUUUGGCUAUACAACAACAUCACCAACAGCAACAACAACAAAAUUCGCAAAGAAACGUUUAUCCAGAAAUAAAUCAAUCAACAUUUUCACCACCAAAAAUGCAAUCUUUCAAUUAUAAUGAACAAGAUACACAACAGCAACAAUUGCAACAACAGCAGCAAUUGCAACAACAACAAUUACAGCAACAACAACAGCAACAACAACAGCAAUUACAACAACAACAGCAACAGCAACAAGAACAAUUACAACAACAACAUCAGUUCGAACAAAAUUACGAAUCAAGUGUUGCAGAUUAUAAUUUACAACAGCAAGAACAAUAUCAAAAACAACAAAAAAUCCAACAGCAACAGCAACAACAACAACAACAACAACAACAACAACAACAACAACAACAACAUGAACAAGAAAUUCAAAAACAACAGGAACAAAUAAACAACGUACGGUUCCAAGAACCAAUAGAACCAGAGAACAACAUCGAUUUUGAGGAAGCGGCAAGUGCUAAUGUUAAUCAAAUGAACCCGCAUUAUUUUAACAAUGAAGAAAUCGCGCAAUACUAUACAACGCUGCCAAAUAGAGAAACCGCGGAAAAAUUGGCGGCUUUGGCAGCGGCGGGAAGUGUAAAUAGUCGGUUGAUUUCGCAGUUACAGCAAAGACAGCAACAAAAAGAACAGGAAGAACAGAAAUCUUUGGUAAAGUUUGGUGAUGAACAAAGUGACCAGCCAAUGCCAAACAAUCACAGAGGAAAUUAUCAAGUGAGCGAGCAGAUAGAUGAUGUACCUUUUGAAACUGAUAAGCAGCAGAGGCAGAUGGUAAGGCAGAGAGCUGGGGCGCAGAAAAGGUACCGGCAACAUUAUCGGCAACAACAAAUUCUACGUGAGCAGGAAGAAGCAGAUAAACAUUUUGAAAGACAAGCGCUUCUGGAACAGCAGAAGAAAAAAGAAGACGAAAAUCAAGAAAACAAAUCAAGACCUUUAAGAAUCAUGAUUCCCGAUGCCCAGAAAGAAAAUAAUGAUAAUAAUAGUAAUGAUAACAAAAACAAUAAUGAUGAUGAAGAUGAUACUGAUGAGUACGAAUAUGAAAUAAGUGAGCCAAUAAAUUCAGACAAAACAAUUCCAGCGCCAGAAGACGACAUUAAUUUUGAAAAUCCAAGUAGUGAAUUUGGCUCGCGUAUUAGAAAUAAAUCAUGA